AACACCUCAAUUUUCAUUUCGAUUUUGAUACCGUUCGUUUCGUUCGUCGUACAAAAAUGACACGCAAUAGCGAGAACCAAUAAAAAAUGACGCGCAAACUCAUGAGUUUUUAUAAAUCUAGUGAUCGAGUAUAUAAAUAAAACAAUUAAGUUUGGUUUUUCGAAAUUGGCGACGAUAAAGUUCAAUAAUAGUGCGGGAUACCGGGACUGGUAGAAUGUUUUGAUCUUGCAAAGCAUGAGCACGGCGUGACUUCCAUGCCCUGCGUGCCUACGGAAGGGCGUGCGGUGCAGAUUACGUUUACUAACUAUGAAUGAUUUUAUCUCUUUCUAAACUUGAGUAUCUGUGAAUGACCGAGUGUAAUAGCGAGCGUACCGAACUAAGGAUUCAAUAUUGUUUGUUGUUGGCGUAAUUUGAUGAUUCUCAACGAUAAUAAUUUUCUCGUCUAGUUUAUCGCGUCGCCGUGUCGUCUCGAAUUCGUGGCGCCCAUCAAUAGUAGUCAUAUGGCGCGAGUGGAUCUACGCUGGACGAAACUGAUUCGUUACGCUGUUCGAUUUAUCGUAUGCGCUACUAUUUACGCACUAUACGAAAAGGAUAGUACGUAUUUUUAGUUGCGUCGCUUUCGACAGUGGUAGCGUAGGUUCGACAGUUCGGGUGACUUUCAUCAGCGAAGUAAACAACUUCAAGGUUAUCGCUUGGCAUGUGCCAGUGUUAGUCGGGGAGUGGGAUGCGGGUGCGCUAACAUGUCGGCGGACAUGGCUGGCGGGGGCGCGGGCGCCGUGGUGCGCCAGGGCCACCUGCGGAAGCUGAGGAAAAUGAAGAAGAAGUACUUCGUGCUGCGCGCCGAAACUGCUGACUGCUCCGCGCGCCUCGAGUACUACGAAUCGGAGAAGAAGUAUCGCGCGGGCGCACCGCCACGUAGAGAGUUGCACCUAAAGAGCUGUUACAACAUCACCAGGAGGCUGGACCUAAAGCAAAAGCAUGUCAUAGCACUAUUCACUAGAGAGGAGCAGUUCUGCAUUGUUGCUGAGAAUGAGCAGGAGCUACACUCUUGGCUUAGUGCUUUACUCAAACAGCACCGCUCAGAUGAUGCCAGUGAGGAGCUACUACAUCCUAUACAGCACGUGUGGCAAGUGAACGUCCAGAAGAAAGGUCUCGGCGCCUCGAAGAACAUCCAGGGGCUGUACAACCUGUGCCUGACGGACAAGACCAUCACCCUGGUGAAGAUCAAGAGCCACAACAACGUCAUCAGCGACCUCGGCAUUCCGGAGAAGAUCGAGUACUCGCUCAAGAAUAUUAGAAGAUGCGGUGACUCGGAAUGCUUCUUCUACAUGGAGGUGGGGCGGCAGACUUCCACCGGCUCGGGCGAGCUGUGGAUGCACUCCGAGGACUCCAACAUCGCGCAGAGCAUGCACUCCACCAUAUACCUCGCGAUGCGUAACUGCGCCAAAGACAAUGAGAACGAGCGCGACCACAUCGUUUUGCCCAAAGGCAGCGACGGAUCCGUCGGCCUCCCGCCUCGCACGCAGAGCUUAACGGGCCGCCCGCGUCUAUCCAACGCGGAAAACCAACCGCCGAAUAACUCAUUAAGUAGCGAUAGUGCGGGCGCGGGGCGGGUGAUAAAGCACCACCGGACGGUGUCGCUGCCGGCCGGGUGCGGCGCGCCCAGGGACACGCCGCCUAAAGCUUCGCAUGAGAGGACACGGUCCGCUCCCCUCGCGGGGGACGAGACCGAGCCUGCGACCGCGACCGCGACCACGACCGCGACCGCGACCGCCCCGGCGACCGCACCCGCGACCGCGCCCGCCCCCGCCCCCGCCUCCGCCGCAGCCCUAUGGCCGCGUCGCGCCAGCACUGGCGCCCGGCUCUCCAAGCUCUCGCCCGCCCACACAAAGAACGCCGGCCCCCUGCGCACGCGCAGUGACAGUAUGCCCUCGAGAGCUUGCUCGUCGUUCGAAGUGGACAGGCCGGCGCCCAGACAUAAUGAUCUAGAAGGGUUAGAUAUGUCACGAGAUGAGACUGAUUCGAUGGCCGAUUGGUACCGGACGCCGCGUAUCCCGGAGGAGCCCGACGUGUGUGACGUCACAAGGGACUUCAUCAGGAGUGCGGGCCGCUUAGGCGGCGCAUCGGCACAGCACUCGCGGACGUCGUCCCUAGGCACCGACGACGCCGGCGCCGCUGCCGGGUACCUGCCCAUGGCGCCCGGCCACGAUCCCCUGCCUGCGCUGCUGUCCGCUAGCAGCGGCUCAGUCUGCAGCGGCACCCCCUCCACCGACCCGCGCUUCAGUGAAUACCAAUUGGAGCCGGCCACUUCCCACAUAAUGGAGGGGGCGAGGCCCCCGAGGGCGUGGAGCGUGGGCUCUCGUGCCGCCCUCGCCGCCGGGACUGCGGGCACUGAGGGCCGGCACCGCGCCUACAGCGUUGGCGCCCGAUGUCGACCGACGCCGUCAGCGCCGCGGGCUCCGGCCUCGGCUCCUUUACUACCCAGAACUUCCGCUGAGGACCUAAUGGAGUUGGACUUCUCUGCCAACUGCAGUCCGCAGCCCAAGGUGAUAGUGGCCCGUACUCCGCCCACGGCUGGUUUCGCAGAACCCCGUUCCCGGGCCAACACCGACGAAUACGUGGACAUGUCUCCCCGCACCGCCUUCCUACCCCCCAAUCCUCCCGUCCCCACUCCUAUCCCCACACCGAUACAAACGCAUACACAAACACCCGCCCCCGAUGGGUACGUAGAAAUGAACUACACCCGCGCCCCCUCCCGACCUAUAGCGAUAACGUCCAGAACUUCUAUACCCCCCGCCCCUCAUACCUCACCUCCUAGAUUAGCCACCGCUUCCAAAACACCCCUCGGGUCUCAAACAAUAUUCCCGAUAUCCUUGGAGUCGCCAGCUUCCCCACCGGAGUUGGACGACACGGAUAUAUUCGACGAAGACGCCAAAGACACGUGGCGGGACAUGAGACCUCGGGUGCGGCCGAAUAGCGCGGUUCGAUCCGUGUCGUCAGCGUCGACGAGAAGGGACGGCUCGUUAGGAUCGCAGACGAUAUUCUCCCUGUCCCCAGACUCGCCGGCGCCCCUGCAUCAAGCCAGAGACCACAGAGAAGAGCCACUCGUGCACCCCCUGACUACCGUACGGGAGAUAUCCGAAGAAGGACGACGCAGCCCGACUUUAGCCGAGUGUGCGGCCUCCAGCUCCCCGCAAUACGUGCGCCUAUUGGCCGCCAACCCCACCGCCAACAAGACGCUGGCCAGGCCGCUCGACGCGCACGCGGCGGAAGCGCACAGAACCGCCACAGUGGUAGUAGCGGGGAGUAUUUUGCCCCCCGCCCGGUUCACAGCCACAGGGGGUGUGGGGGCGGGGGCGGGGGCGGGGGCGGUGCAAUACGCCGCAUUAGACCUGCAACCUCGCAGGGCUUCCCAACCCCCGCCCCCGCGUACCUAUACGCAGAUCGACUUCCUGCGCAGCGAGAAAUUACACGCGGACGCUACUUAGCCGAAAAACUAGUGCGAGAUAAACUCAGUUUUAAAAGUGAAAUAAAGAAAUACCAUAAAGUGAACAUUGAACAGUUUGUGUGCAAAGUCAGCGGGACGCCUCCCCCUGGCGUGGCUUAGGAAAGGUGUAUAUUUUGUAUUGUACCGUAAAGUAUGUUUAAUGCAUAGGAGAAAUUGUAAAAAGUGGAACAUAGUGAGUGGAUUUAAGAAACUCGUUCGUUAGAUGGCGCCAUUGAAAGCUCGCGAUUGAAUUUGUCGAUGUGACCAUCGAGAUAGUGAACUCUUCGUGUCGGCAUAAUGUGUAGGAGGCGAUUGAGUGCACCCGACCCGAGCGAAACUUGAAUGUAUUCUAAUAUUUUUCUAAAAAACAUUUUAAUGGCUUCUGCUGUAUCUGGAUAGCUCUAGAGCAACGAAUAGAAUUUGUGCAUUCAAUUUAAUGUUUUAAUGGAGUUCCUUGACAAUUUUAAUCAAUACAAGGCGACGAUCUUCGAGUUGGCUAAAAUUAUAAAGACAAAUUAAUCAAAGCCUUUUUUUACAACACCACUUGGCACAGGACAUUGAUACUAUAUUUUUGUUACAGAAAGUUUAAUUAUAGAGUUUACAUAGUUUAAAACAGAAUGUAACAAAUUAUUUACAAAUAAAAGUCGUUGCCUUGUGUUUGGUUAAUGUCACAGCUAAAAAUGCAUGUUUAGCUGACUCGUAGCUCGCAUAUGAUAGGGCAGCAUUUAAUGUUACGUGCAGAAAAAUUACUGUCAGUGUGCAUAUCACCAUACAUUAUGGGAUUUCGGUAUAACAAUCAAAUGCAUAGAAUCAGCAAUGGUUACAGCACAGCACUGAAUGCAGCCUUUCUAGUGACCAUUUUGUUAUUAAACUUACAAAGCUGCAAUGUUAUUUAAAACUUGUUGUUAUUUUAGCGUUGGGUCGCCGAAACGCGCGUUUGUACAGCAAACUGUUAUUUUAUAAAUAUUGUAAUAAUGUAUUAAUGACAUUAAGCGAAUGAAAUUAUGCUAAGUCUUACUCCAAAAAAGUGUUUAAAAUAAAUUGAAAUGUUUUUUUUUCAUUGAGUAUUUUAUGUCUUCAUAUUAUGAUUGCAUUAUUGCUGAUUGAAUGGUUAGAAGGACUACUUAGUUAGAUUCACAACUAUCGUUUAAAAAAGCAAUGGUUACCUUAUGCACCCUUUUCUGAGAUAGGAAUGAUGUGUUUUUUAAAAACACACAAAUAUACCUUGUAAGAAAUCUUUAUUUGUAACAGAAAAAGGCGCAUAGACGUAAUUUGAUUUACACAAUUGUACUACUUGCGAAGUAUCACAUUUUUGUUCAGGAACAAUCUUUUUAGUAGUGCAAGCUCUUAUCGAAAUGUACACCAUGCAUACGGUCGACAAAGACAGUUGCAAACUUCCAUCGGUGUACUUUCAGUGUGAGGCAACGCGACUAUCGAAAUUAGACGAAACAAGUACACCAAUUGCCAUUUCAUAUAAUGCAAAGAGCAUUGUACAAUGUUAUCAUCACACAGAAUUUCGAUUAAUGCGUUGCAAUCAUUGGAAAUAGUAAAAACGAAAAUUAUUAAACUUAAAUGCGAGGGUUGUGAGCGAGGCCUAAUGUAGUACACUCAGAUUGUUUUUAUGUUCCCAAGUAAUAUACUGCCUAUUGUGUUCUUAGGAUACUCUGUUCACUUAAGUACUGUGCAAUGUUUUACCAGACAUUAUUAACGUAAUAUACUUAUUUCUACAUUGUUAUUCUUUGUUGGUCCAUGCUCGGUUGCACCAUUUGUGAUCUUGAGUCUUUUGUGUUCACAUAUAUGUUACACAAAAGACUUAUCUGCCUGUUAAUGAUUAUGAAUGCCGUUUAGCUAUAAAUGUACUGAACAGAACAAAAUACAUUUAAUAUUUUUUAUUUUAUAAAUUCGGUCAAACUUAAGGAAUACUGCAUGUAUGCUUAUUUGUCUGAAAAAUUUUAGUUGAUUUUUAUUAUCUAUGUGUUAUAUUUUAUUUCUGAGAUCACGAAUGGUUUAUGUGAGUGAGUAGUCAUAUAAUAGUAUUAGUGGAGAAAUAGAAAGUGAUUGUAUUAACUGCAACUGGGGGUCUACUCCCUUUCUCCGAAACGAACUUUCGGUAACGAAAAUUAAACGAAAUUUCAUUUAGUCAAAUUGAGGUAUUACUUAUUUUGAACGAUCAACUAUCAAUUUCAAUCGUUUGGUAGGCUUAGAGAAUCUAUUUUAUUUGAAUUACAAAGUAAUGAGAAAUAUAUAAGAAUCGUUCGAAGCUUCGCUCGAAAUUUCGUUUUCGUUGAAUAGGGUAUUUGACAGUAUGAAAAAUAAAGUAACAAUUUGUUAGCUUCUGUAUUUAAAAUGAACAUAAGCAGCCAUUUUACUGUGCCGAGAGAAAAAUUAACAAAAAUUAAUAACUUUUCUAUAAAAUCAUUAAAUAGAAAUGUUUUUUUUUGUUCUAUGGUCAAGUGACCGAAAGUAAAAUGACGUCACAUGCUAGUAAACUUCCGGUCAAAGCGACAUUACACUGUAUAAUUUGACGUUUUCAUGACAGUCGUGUGUCGUCAAACACCAUUGAGACGCCAUCGUGUAAAGAGGAACUAUUUCGCAUCAACUUGAAAAUUGAAAAUUUAGUUUUCUUUUAUACUGAUAUAGUCAACAUAAUGAUGAAUAUCCACUUGCGAUUGGCUACGUAAACGUAAGUUAAUAACGUCAGAUCGUUUUCCAAAACUUGUCAAAUAUUCUAUUAGAGUAGGCCUCCGGAACUGACUGCUUUCUGCACAGCGGCUGGACCUAAAGCAUAAGUACCACAUUGAGCUUGUUUUAAAAUAUAAAUGUUAUGAGCAUUUAUUGCUUGAUUAGGAAUUUCGUUUGCCGAAGCAUACUUUUGUGAAUUGUAAAACAAGCUCCUAAGUAGUUUAUGUACGUAUAAUAUUGUGUUCACACAUAAAAAAAAACAUAUUACUGUUACGCAAAAAUGGGUUUUAAUAUUAUGCAAAAAUGUUGAGAAUUUAAAACACAGAGGUGGAUAUUAUUUAAUUAUAUAAAUUUAAUUUUUCUUAUUUAUUGUAUUAUAUCGGUAUAACUAAUACUUUUUAUGUUUUUAAUAUAACUAUGUUGAAGUUAUUGUGGAUUCAUAUAGUUCGUUAUAUUUAUGCGUUACUCUCAUGUAGGACUGACUUCACUAUGACUAAAAUAUUUGUAAAUACUAUUGUUGUUAAAAAAUGAUUAAUAGUUCCGGAAGAUACUACCUUUUUUUUGUUUAUUUACACCGUGCAAGUGCAAUUAAUGUUAAAUAGAUGAUGCAUCUUAAUAUUUUAAUGAAUGAGAUAUCCGACAACCGUGUAUUGGAGACACUGUGCAAGAGAAUAAGCCGGAUGGAUGUUACAUUCCGAUACUGAAGCGAUGUGACCAGUCUCGUGUGUUCAAAUACUUCCUAAAAUCUGUAAUAGAUUAGUUACAUACAUAGUAAACGUGCUAAUUUGCCUGCUCUCGAUGAAGAACGUUUAAAUAAGAUGCGAUGGGACCUGUAUAUUUAAUGCCUGACUGAGUCAACACCAAAUUUGUAUAUUAAAAAAAAAAGUUAUUUAUUGAGAAACCACUGUAAUAAAUCGUUUACAUGACGCGAGGGAGUGUCGCUCGAACAUCGGUUUGACCCGUUCGCGCGAUACCUUAAUAUCAAAUAAACAAUAGGGGUGAUGACGGGGUACAGUAAACGAAAUUCUAUUUAGUCCGUCAGUUAGAUGAUCAAAAAAUAAUGGACACGUAUUUUUUUCUUUGGGCAAUCAACCAAAAAAUGACAAAGUUAUAGCGCGUCAAAGUUUGGGAGUAGGGGCUCGUGACGUCACUUUUGAGUUAAUUUUCACUUAUAAGUGUACUCAAACGUGACGUCAUGCGACUUUUCAAAUCAAUAUAUCUCUGCAAUGUUUAUAUUAAAUGAAAAAAGAAAAAAUACGUGUCCUAUAAUUUUUGAUAAUCUACCUGAUAAACGAAGAAAAAAAAUAGUCAUCAUCCCUAUUGUGAGCUUUAAAAAUAUGCCAGAUUUGAACUUCAGCACAACGGUUUUGUUUUGUUUUUUUUUUGUUUCGUUUGUGAUAGUUUUUUAAAUAGUUGUAUGAAUAUGUCGUCGUGUAGUUGUAAUGUUUUGUGUUAGAGCAGAGUCGGCAACGGACAACGCGUGCGGCUAUCGCGGGAAUUAGAUUCUCGUUUGGGGCGUCGCUUUAGCUACUAAAACGAUGAAAACUCGAGCUAGUCAGUAGGAGACGAUGUCCACAUGAUUUUUGAGUUUCACGUCGUCCUAGCUGGCUUGCUUUUCUGUCAGUUAAACUGACUCAGUUUUAGAGCUCGCAGUGGGGCCGCUGAACAGAUACGCGGUGAGAAUAGUACAAUUCGUAUGGCGUAGCCACUGUUUGAAUUCCGGUUGAUAGGUGAAAUGCUCUAGGUUCGAGCCUCGUGUGUCUAUAUAGCAACAAUCGUCAGGUUGUCAUACACACGUUUAUGAGUCAAAAUAUCAUCGUCACAGACAGAACCUCAAAAUUGAACAGGGCCGGAUUUAGAAGUGUUGGGGCCCCGGGGCAACGAAAGAAGUGGAGGCCCCUAAAUCUAGGCCCGACCUCUUACGUUAAAUCCGGCCCUGAAAUUGAAUAAGGGUCCCGUAUUACUGAUUGAGGUACGAACUACCUAAAAAUGAUUAAUGAGUGUGUGAUGUGAGAUUUUUUAUAUUAUACUAGCACCCCCCGCGACUUCCUCCGCGUUAACUUAAGUUUUCUGAAAAUCCCUUGGGAACCUUAAAUUUUUCAGGAUAAAAAUAUCCUCUGUCUUUAUCCAGGUAAUAAACUGUAUGUGUGGCAAAUGUUCAUCCAAAUCCGUACAGCCGUUUCGACGUGAAGAAGUAACAAACAUACACACUAGCAAACUUUCGCCUUUAUAAUAUUAGUGUGAUUUUUAUUUUUCAAUUAUCUAUACAAACAAUUAACAUAAAAAAUAUAAACACUAGAAAUUUUAAUACCAGUUACAAAUGAAAUGCAAACUGCCGGCCUUUUCGAAUGAUUGCAGAUUAUUUAUUUUUAGUCUAACAGUAGCAAAAACCGCACCAAAAAAAGAAAUAAUUGCUGUUUUUUUUAUAUUUACAAUAUAAAAAAUAAAAACUCUUAAGUAUUUAAAACCAUCAUGUGUGUAUUACACCUGACGAGUGUGAGGUAAUUGUUAUACAUAAGCCAUUUACGCAGAUAGUUAGUGCCACCUCGCAAUUAUUAUGUAGUACCAUGUUUAGGUAUAUAGAUAUAUUAUACGAUAUACACAUACUUUUAUUCCAGUUAGUUAAGUCGCGUUGAGUUUAAACACUAGGCGUAAAUAUAGACGGGUACGGAAUAAGAGCAUAGUCUUAUUUAAUGUUUACCACAGUAGGACGUUGUGCGCUCUCCUUUUAUGAUAUGCCUCACUGUUUUGCUGUCAAUUGUUAUUCUAGAAAAGUUCUUUGUAUAUUUUUUAUACUGAACUCUUAGGCAUUUAUAAGAAUACAUACAUAUACGACAUCAAGCAAGGGCGGAUCCAGCUUUGGCGCCAGGGGGGGGGGGGGGUCAUAUAGUCGUGGUCAAGUCACAGUGGGUACAGAUGGACCCAGCCCAGGGGGGGUCACGACCCCCAUGACCCCCUCUGGAUCCGCCCUUGACAUCAAGUCAUAAUACAGGUUUCAAUGUGUACGGAUUGACUUCACAGUGGUUCGGUUCAAAAAUUUUCUUUUGUGUUUCACUCAAUGUUUCCUUAGUAUUGUAUUGUUGUGCUUGAUUAUUAUUAAAAUAUAAUUUUAACAAUUAAUACACAUAAUAUAUAGAACUUAUUUUACUAACACAAUGAAAUUUAUAAUUCAAAUCUGAUGUUUUUAUGAAAUUGUUCUAACUUGAAAAUUUUCAAUAACUCUUUGAGCUAUUCUCUUUUUAAGCUACUUUUUUUAUCAGAUUCGAACUACUGUUAGGUUUUACUGUGAUUAUGUUGUGUAUGUUAUUCACAAUAAAUUGUAAUUGUUAUAGCAUAUUCUAAAAGGAGCUAUUUAUCGGCUUCAUUUACAUUGGUCACACUUGUAUUUUGCGACAUCGAAAGCUAGUGUGAAUGCGGCCUUAUAAACGUAUAUAUUUAUGAUUAUUGUGAUUAUAUACAAAUUACCUAACUCCGCGGGCGAUGACUAUGACGAUCACGACAUGUGGAGUUUUUUUUUUAUUAUGAAAUCUAUACUAGUCCGAUUGCAAGUUAAAAACAGAUUUUUGCAUAAAACAUGUUCCUGUAAACGGCGUAAAUAGUGGUUUUUAUGUAAGGUUUAAUCGUAAGCUAAACUAUGUAAUGUCUAGAUCAGUUUAAUUAUAAUAAUAUAUGGAUUGGUAUUAGUACUGUACUGUACUUUAGAAGUUGACACGCUACGCUGCGAGGGCUUACGGGAUGCGACCUAUGUGUGCACUAUUGCGAACGCCAUAAGAGCUAAAUUACCAUGCACGCACCAUUGUGCGCCGAUUCUACAGUGGAACGCUGCGAGGGUUCUGUUGUGUUUGAAAAGAAUUAAAAAAAGAAAAAGAAAUGUAUUUUUUUACAAAUGGUGCUACUGUUUUGUGUUUUAGUCAAUGAUAGCUUGACCGCUGUUGUACUGCCAUUGUAGAUAUAAACGAGGAGUGUACGCGUUGAGAACGCGCGCGCAUAUCAUACAAUCCACUUAGUGUAUAGUGAACAUCACCAAUCCACAAUAUACGUUAUGUUUUUAGUAUGUAGUUUAGCUUUUGUAACUUGCAAACGAUGUCGUCGACAAAUGUAACGGAUCACAAUGUGCGCGGUCCCGCCGCCCGCGCCGGACACGGCGUUUCAUUAUUGAAAAUUUCUAAAUCUAAUUUUUUAGUAUGUUAAACUUUGUUUACUUUCAUAUUACGAUUAUAUUGUAAAUAAAAAUAAAAGCUUUGGAUUUGCGCAUUUGUUUGAUUAUUUCAUCGUAUACGCUGACAGUGAGUUGACAUGUUUAAUUUUAAAUUAUAUUUUACCAAAGCGUUAGGGCAAAUUUACACUGGAAGGACAGCGGCCGGCAGCGACUCGGCGUGCACUUCCAGUGUGUAAUAAUUGAUAAACGAUACCCAAAAGUUCAUUAUUGCUUGAAAAAGUUGCGCAGCCACCUGCGAAGUUACGCGGGAUAUGAGAGGAAUAACUCUCCCCCGUCAUAGAAUUUGUAAAUAUUAAAACGGGGGGAGAGUUAGUUCACUCUGACCACCUAAUAACCGAGGCAUAAGCUAAGACUAGUUACGCCGUGUUUUGUUCACACCACUCAAAUGCCAUUUGUCAUUAAAUGAACAUAGACAAAACAUGGAGUAAUCUAAGCUUAGUUUUCGUUUAUUUAUAAUGAGAUGAAAGAGUAAUGUUCGCCGCGUUUCUGCCGGCCACUGCCAUUUCGAUAUGAAUCGACCCUUAAACAGCUUGAUUUAUUUAAAGAUAUUUUUUACUGGGAAAAUCGACUAUGGCAAUAUCAUUGCCAUACCGGGUUAGCUGAUUUGUCAGAACUUCCGGGUCUGCUGUAAGGACAGAUAUUUUGCGCGGCAGGUAGAUCGGCAACAGCUACAGCAGAGGCAGAAGAAGCAGGAUGAAAGCAACAGCCAUGAUUGUUUUUUUUUUUCUAAUAAUAAAAUAUGUACCUCUAAUGCGAUUCAAAUAAGAAUAGGAAAGCCAAUGACCUCUAUCUGUCAAAUGUCGCUUGAAAAGUACGGGUUGCAAACAAUAACUAAUAUUGAUAAUUAAUAUCGAUUGAUACUUAUUUUUUCACUUAUUGAGCUCUGGCCAUGAAUGGUUGAAUAGAAGAGCUAGAUUCUGAUUAAUGUUUUUUCUCAGUCUUAAUAAAUAAAUAUUAAAAAUCGGUGGUUAUUUUUCUCAAUCUUAGUAAAUAAAUGUUAUUAAAAAAUCUGAUGCUUUUUCUCACUUAAUCUUAGUAAAUAAGUUUUAUUAAAUAAAAACUUUUUUUUGCUCACUCUACCUAUUUGGUUUGAAUUAACAGCUAUGACAUCACAAUAUGGCGCCCAGUCGGUCCUAUUCUUAGUUGAAUCGCAUUAUCGCUAAGUUUGUGACUAGGACACAAGUUCAGUACAAGUUGAUAGUAAGAUUCGAUUUGGCUCGGAUAGUACUGUGGCUGGGUCUGAGGUCGAAUCACACGAUGUUUUUUUCUUGGAAUACUAGAACUGCUGUAUAUUAGAGUAAGGACGCGUACACUUAGAACGUCCGUUUUUACAGGAUCCUUUUAAUGGAUUCGUCUCGGCUGAAGUCUGAAGGUAUAAUAUUCACAGCAUUUACAGGACUGAUUUUUAACGGAUCCGAUGCUACUGCAUGUGAUGUUCAUAUUGUCGUCUGUUUUACGCAUCCGGCGCUACUGGCUGUGAUAAUUAUAUUUGCUCCUGUGUGCAGCAUACCGCACCCCCGUGCUACCGCUGUUUCAAUCCGUUAAAACGAUACGUACCCUUGUCACGAACCAUUAUCGAAUUCGAUCUAUUUUAUACGUCAAAUCGCACGUCACAAACAAAAGGGUAUUAGCUUCAAAAACAGUGUUUGGAGAUAUCGCGUUUUGAAGUUUUAAAAAAUCAUAGAAGCGGAUCUACUUGUUCAAACGUUUAAAAUGAUACCUUGAUUUAAACGUACAUUAUCCUUCUUUGUGUUGAGUAAGUUUAGUUAGUGUAUCAAUAGUAGUUUUUAUUUUAAAAGUACUUUUAUGUGACUGGGUGAAGAGAAUACCCCAUAAGCAAAAUGGCUCAAAUAACUCUUGAUAAAAUAACAACUAGUAUCAUUUUAAAUAAUUUCACUGAGAAUAACAUAAUAAAUAAAGUUGACCAGGCCAGAGGGUAUUAUUUUAAAUAAAACUUCAAAUUUGUAUUAAUCCGAACGGGCAAUAGGGUAUUAACUUGUUUAUAAUACUCACAAUCAUAAAUUUUGCCUAGAAAUUGACACAUGUGUUGCUAUAAUUCAAAAACUAUUUCGAAUUAAACUACAAUUAUCUUACCAGUUUAUAGAGAAAAAAAUGUAGUUUUCGAAACGCAAAUAAAAGAAUAAAUGGUUUUGCCGACAUAAUACCCUAUUGUUUAUGACGUGCGAAAUGUGUACUGAUUUUUAGUUCUCGUUACGUCCGUUGUAGCGUUGCUGUUCAAGUUUCCAUACAAAAUUAGACAUAGACAUUUCGCACUCUCAUAUUGGUUCGUGCUAAGGGUACUGUAUUUCUGUUGUGUGUGGGAUUUUAUACUGGAUCGGGAAUACUGUCAUAUGUGUACUAGCUCAUACAAUUACAUACGCCAUUAAAUAACGGACCUGUAAAACGGAUUGCUAUAUAAUGCGAUUCAAAUAAGAAUAGGACCGACUGGGCGCCAUAUUUUGACGUCAUAGCUGUCAAUUAAAACUAAAUAGAGUGAGCAAAACAAUGUUGCUAUUUAAUAAAACUUAUUUACUAAGAUUAAGUGAGACAAAACAUCAGAUUUUUUAAUAAAAUAAAUUUACUAAGGUUCAGAAAGAUCACAACCGAUUUUCAAUAGUAUUUCUUUAUUAAGACUGUGUGAAAAAAAACAUUAAACAGAAUCUAGCUCUUAAAUUUUGCUCAUCUCUGCAUUACUGCCGGAGAAGUUAUGAAUAAUCAUGGAGGUCACAUACGAACAUGCAUCCUAUAUGUAAACGAAAGUUUUAAAUCGAGUUUCUGAACCCAAUAUAAAAUGACAUUAGGUUGACGGUUUAGGUUAUCAACCAUUCAUAGCCAAAGCUCAAUAAAUGAAAAAAAAACUAAUAUUAAUUAUCAAAAUUUGUUAUUGUUUGUUUAAAAAUGUUUGGUUUUUAUUCUAGAAUCAGCUGAGUGCUAAAAAAGUGUUCCGAGAUUUUUUUGCCAACCGUACUUUUCAAGCGACAUUUGACAGAUGCAGGUCAUUGGCUUUCCUAAUCUUAUUUGAAUCGCAUUAUACGUACGCGCCGUAACUGUUACUCCGUGAUCAUAGCACUUGAACAUGCUUGCCUCGGUGCCAAAAUAUUAGGAUCUGCUAUAGGGGUUGGUAGCCCGUUAACAACAUAAAUAAGUAUAUUUUUUUAAUACUGUUUAUUUUACAUAUUAUUUCAAAAUAAUAACUAACAAAUUAUUUUCAAACAAACACUCCUAGAUGCAACUCUUAAGUCAUAGCAAUUAAUAAAAGCACUCCAUGGGAAGUUAAUAAACAUAAAUUUUCAUUAUUACCUAUUUUAUCUCAGCACAGUUCAAAAUUCUCCUAAAAUGAUUUAAAACAAGAAACAAACGAGCUAAUAAGUACAUUGCAUACAACAACAUAGUGAAAUAUUUACAUACAAAAUGUUGAAGAACUUACAAACUCGGUACUUACUCAUUAAUCAUAUCAUAACUGUUCCUAAUAUUCUUUACAUCCUUAACGAAAAAGGAUUUUUAAAAAGUAACAACUUAAUUUUAUCUCAAAGGACCUUGGGCAAAAAUGUAUGGACGCUGCACCGCUGCACCCUCGUCCGCCACGGCUUAAACUACAUUUGUUUGAAAGGUAUUAUAGUCAAGAUCAUAUUAUGUGCCAAAGCGCAUCAAAUUCCUUCCCGGGGUCUUUAGAUUUUUUAAGUUAAAUAUGUAAAAGUACUAUAACGAACGAACAUUAAUGAAACAAGGUAAUUAAUUUAGAUAGUUAGUUCGACCCUACAUAGGGUGCUCAGGAAUUUGGCGUAUAUCUGGUUGUAUAGUACGAUAUGGCAUCUUGUUAUGAUUACUAAUAAUAUAAAAUGAAGGUACUAAUACAAAAUUAAUUAAUUCAGCUACUUAAAUAUGCCCAUGUAUCAUAUCUAUUGACUACCAGGAUAUUUUUUACGGUGUCAUAUCUUUUGACUCCCAGGAUAUCUAUUUUCGGUGUCAUAAUAAAAAAGGCUAGUUUCUCAUAGAUCUAUCGAUUCAUACUAAUUACAUUGUUGGCGGAGCUGGGUGCGUUUUGCCCAUUGUCCUUUAACAAACGCUUUUAAGUUGUAAUUCCGAAACUUAAGCAUUUACUAUCAUAAUUUUACAAAAAUACGACAGGAAUGUGUUUUUACUGGCCUUCUAUUUCCAACUCUAUUAGCUUGUACUUAAAGGUGAAAUUAUAUAGUCAUAAGAAAACUACAUAUUUAAGGAGGAAUAUUUCUGUCUAAUAAGCAUUUGAUAUUUUGUUUUUUCUGUCAUAGUGUCGUUUGUUACAUUAAUUUACUUUCUAUAAAAAAUAUAGAAGAGAAAGAGAAGUGACUAUUUCCUUACAAUUUACAUAAAAAGUAUGGUUUAUAUUGGUGGUCUACAGUAAACACUCGCAAUCUCAUUUUGUGCAAGGGUUGGUGGGUUAGUAUGUGAAAUUGUAACAAAAAUUUGAACUUAAUCUGUCUUUAAACUAAUCUCGGUUCCAUCAUAAUUUUCAGUAAAAGAAUAAUCUUAAAUAAUAGUGCUAAAAUAAAUUAUGCUAUUGAAUGGGAGUAUGAACUUAAAAUUAGUUUGGCAUCAUAAAGUUUGACAAAUACAUUCAGAGGCGUCCAAAAGAAAAAUUUAUAAGCUAUAUGCUAUGGGGUAUCCGAAUCACCCCCAUGUAUGUUAAGCAAUUUUUUGUAGUUUAGGAGCUACAAUGAUUUUAUGUUUUUUAUUUUUCCACCUGACAUUGGUUUUUGUCUUGUUUACAUCUUCCAGCAAAACUGGGAGUCGAUUCACCAAAAACUCUCUGUAGAUGUCUAAACUAUCUCCUUUUGUAAGUGGCAUUUAAAUAUGUUUUUUUUUUAAUAAAAAUUGUGUUUUAAACAAUUAAUCAUAACUCCGUCAAUUACAACUAAAAAUAAUAUGAACGCAAUGAAAUCCAUAAUCUUUAAAAAAUACAAUUAUUGGUCUCUGGUUUUUAUGAAUGAUAUUUUGUUUGUUAAAGGUUCUGAGCAGUUUUUAAGAACGCUUAGAUUUGAAACCUCUGGCACCAAUUACUUAUUAUUUUUGAAGCCCUAACAUUUUUGACUACUGAACUCCAACAGUAAUUUUGUACUUCAGAUAAAAUUUUACGUAAGUUCUGCAAUGCUUAACCAAACCGCUUCAUUUUAGGUGUUAGCUAAUAUCAUGAUAAUUAAUUACAGAAAAAAGAAUAUCUGAAAUCUUUCGGAAAAAAACAUAAAAAAGGAAACCCAAUGCAAGGUGAAAAGUACGGAAAAAAAACAAAAAAUAUUUCUAGCUCCUAAACUACAAAAAAUCGCUGAACAUACAUGGGACUAAUUCGGAUAACCCAUAGCAUAAUGCAGCCAAACUUUUUUUUGACGUCUAUGAAUGGGCCUUAUACAUUUCCUUCACUUUUCAAUCAAACUAUUAUAAAGUUCAUUGUGAAAAAUUCAGCAAAUGCUUACAUAUGUUUGACAUACAUUGUAAUAUAUUAUAGGGAAUUAAUUACUUUCAAGACUUCAAAUAUGAUUUGAUCAACAAUAAUAUGACAUGUUACUGAUUCAAUCACUUUUACGUUUAUGCAGUUUCAAACCAGUCUUUAUACUCCAGUCUGGCUACUAGAAAUUACUUUCGUCACUUGGGUGGUGACCGACCGUUUACAAUGGUAGCGCUGUCUUUCCAAGACCUGCCCUUUGGUUUUACAGUCGUCGUUUUCUUCUUGACGAUUCGUUUCACUGUUACCUCCUCAUCAGAGAGCAGUCUUUUCUUUGGUUUGAUUUUUUUCUCUUCUAUAGUGAAUGAAUCUUCGAAUAUGUCCCCACUCGAGUUAGCUGAUUCAGUGUCUUUUGAUAGUUUUUGACGUUUCUUCUCUCCGAUGAUUUCACAGAUAGGACUAUCGAACGAAACUUGCCUAGGGCUGCGUUUCGGUCUUUCAACGGAUGUUUGUGUAGCUAUGUUCGUAUGGUUCUUUUUAGCGGGUGGUGUGGCUUUGGGUGCCAAUUUGGUCUUUUUCACUUUCACAACAACAGCAGGCUCUGUUGAUUUCCUUUUGGUUUGCUUUUUAACAGGUUUAACUUCUUCAAUAUCGGGUUCCUCAUUCUCACAGUUCUCUAUUUCCGGAGCUGGUACAUCAACUUUCGGUUUUCUACCUCUUUUAACAAGUUUUGGUGCUUCGCCAUUUACUUUCCUCUUUUUGGUACCAUCUAUUUCAUCUUGUGAAUCGGCAUCCUUGUCAUUGAGGUUGGCAGGUUUAAUAGGUUUUCCUUUCUUGCCUGGCGAGAAAACUAAUUUACUGGUUCUAGUCUUACCUUCACUCUUGAGGUAGCUAUCAAACAAUGUGCGACACUUUGUGUAAUCAGGAACGUCUUUUGGCUUCAAUUUGUUCAUGUACUCCAAAAAUUUUAUCAAAGCUUCUGAAAACAAAAAUAUUAGCGCUUUAGGUGUUUUCAGUGUUACUUGUAUCGAUAGUCAAUUCUAACUAAAAUUAGUUAUGACUAACCAGGUACAUUGUUGAAUUGUUUGGUAAUAUUACUUCUGACAUUUUUCAUGAAAGAUUCCUUCAUAUCCUGCACUAUCUUUGGUUGUUUAAGAUUCUUCUCCCAAGGCAGUUCACCAAUGAGCCAUUGUAACAUGUUGUAUCCUAAGAUUUCUAAAUCUCCUCUCAUGGUGGGAACUGAAAUAUACAAAUUAAUAUUUAUACUUUCUCUGACAGACCUUAAAUACACACAACACAACUUUGUAUUUCUUUAUUUAAUAUCAGUUGCUUUAAUAUGAUUGAAUGAGUGACACACAAAAUUGUUUUGAAUCCUUCUAGAACAAGUUGCUCAACUUCAAAUCAAAUCACCCCCUGGAUAGAACAAAAAUAUAUUACCAGUUGGAACAUUAGGACCUGUAAAUAUCCCAUCCAGUUGAAGCAUGGAUUCAGUCAGAACUAUUAAUAUCGAAUAACUAUAAAAAACCAUUACCUCCCAAGUGAGCAUCCCUGCUGGUGUACUCAAUAGUUCCAUUAUGUGCAGACUUUGGGUCAGGUUUGAACUCCUUGUCAUUGACACGAGUGGCCAGACCGAAAUCUACAAGAUAUGCUUGAUUUUCUGUGCCUUUGCGCAGACCCAUGAGGAUGUUGGCUCCCUUGAUGUCUGCAUGCACAUAACCUCGACCAUGUAUGUACUCGAGAACAUCUAACUGUAAUAAAUUUGAUUGCAGAUAUUUUAAUACUCUUUACGGAUAGCACUACAAUUUGUAUUCACCACCUUAUAAUUGAAAAUGCACAAAGACCCAAGCGAGAAUUUUGACAGCUCCAUAAUCAUAUCAUUAUUGGCAAAUUUUGUAUGGAAGGAUCAAGUUUGUUUUUACGUCCUCUUUUCUCCUACUUUGAGCCUCUGAACAUUGGACAAAUCCUCAUUAUUAUUGAAGUGAAACUUCUUUAUCGGCGUUGGAAAAAAAUUUACCGUCACAUUUUUCGGUUACGCGUCACAUUUUUCCGUUACGCGCCAUCUUUUUUUAUAUUAAUAGUUGAUAGCUGAAUGACCACACUGUCGCCGGCGAGAACUCUCUCUACUCGUUUGUAGCUGAGUGACAAUAGUUAUUAAAGAUAAGACUCGCUCAGCCAAACUCGCAUAGCGAUACUCGCUCAGCGAUAAUCGCUCAGCGAUACUCGCCCAGCGAUACUCGCUCAGCGAUUCUCGCUCAGUGAUUCUCGCUCAACGAUUCUCGCUCAGCGAUACUAGCUCAGCGAUACUCGCUCAGCUAUACUCGCUCGGUUAAGCUGGCUUGGCUGUCAAAAGCCGUGCGCGUGCAUUUUAACUCUGCCAAUUCGUUUCUAGUUUCUACUCGCUUAUCGUUCAUCGUCGGAGGUGGAACAUGUGCCUUAGAUUACUGAGCCGAUUCUUAAUUUUGAUUUAGCCUUACCAUUUGCAAUCCUAAUUGGAACACAGUUGCAGGUGAGAAAAAUCUUCCACAUUCCUUAAACAGGCUCCAGACAUCUUUGCCAUAUCUUUCUAAUACCAAAUAUCUGUACUUCUCUCCCUUGUAUUCAUGAGAUCCGUUCCCAUAGUAGGAAGGCAUUCCAAAACUACUAAGUUUCUUAGUCUUCGUGAAGUUUGCAACUGAAACGAGACAAGGUGAAUUAAAAAAAAGUACCUAUAUUUAGUUUUAUCUGACAUAUUUUCAUAAAACUGUUUUAUAAUGAAAUUAAAUUUGUCGAAACUUACUGUCUUCUUUGUUUGCAUUUCUUAUGUAAAAAUGCUUCUCUACAAAUAAUGGACCAUUCUCAUGUGGUUCCUGAAAAUUUAUUGGAAGAUCAAUAUUUAAGCAACAAAAGAACAGUACUUGAUCACCCAAAUGCACCAGCCACUCUAGCAUGACCACCGAAACGGGAUAUGAUAAA